AUGCGCAGCUGUGUGAUUGUUACAAAGUCGUUUGACCAGGAGAGGUCUCUGGGCUCGGAUGCUCUGUUGAUCUUCCCAGCAACGCCAGGGUUUGGAGUGGAUGGAGGGUCCAACUUCGUCUCCCAGCUAAACGUGUCCGCUGCAGACGAGCACUCCAAGUACCUCAAGAAGGUGCACUGGUGGAGGGCACAGGCAACGCGCUUCAUGCUUCGGUGGCCCUCCGCCUACCUGUGCCACAUCAUCAACCGCGAGCGCCACCACGUGUACGGCAUGCACGUGGCCAGGCAGGUGCUGGCAUCCCAGAUGGACCAGAAAGGCUUGCUGGGAGAGUCCCGAGGGUUGGAGAACAAGCAGCCUGCUGAAGAGGUGGGAGGGUUUGGGGGAAGAGGCGGGCAUUCUGAAGAGCGGCAGCUGCUGGGGUCGCAGGUGGAGCAAAGAAGCAUGCUGGCAGAGUCGUGGGGGUUGACUUUUGAGUCGACUCAAAAGUCAAGAGGCGGGCAUUCAGAAGAGCAGCAGCUGCUGGGGUCGCAGGUGAAGCAAAGAAGCAUGCUGGCAGAGUCGUGGGGGUUGACUUUUGAGUCGACUCAAAAGUCAAGAGGCGGGCAUUCAGAAGAGCAGCAGCUGCUGGGGUCGCAGGUGAAGCAAAGAAGCAUGCUGGCAGAGUUGUGGGGGAGAGACAAGCCCUCUGGGUUACUUCAGAAAGCUUCGAAGCGUUUCAUUGGGGAUUUUGAAGAGCAAGAGAAGCUUGAUCUUGGGCCGUCUUCAUCCUCCUCCUCUGCCUCUGAAGCGGCUCUACCUUCUCCUCCAGCAUCUGCUGCAUCUGGUGCCAAAGAAACCAACCAAGACCGAGGAAGUCUGGUUACCAACCAAGACCGAGGGGAUAGAGUAACUAGCCAAAAUCGGGAGGAUGUGACGUUCUCCAGUGGGGCAGCACUGAGGCAGAGAGGCCCUGGUUUGGGGACAACUGCAUGGCCUAAGCUGGGGUACCAGGGCUGCAGCUUAGGGAGUGCCACUGUAGCUUUUAAUAGUAGCAGUAGCAGCAGAAGCAGAGGGUUAGGAGAUUUGGAAGGGGAGCAGUAUGGCUGGGAUCCUUAUCUUGCGAACUACGUAGGGGUGGGAGGGGACCCGUACGUCCCGCGGCCGAUCAUAAGCGUGCAUGUGCGGCAGGGCGACAAGUCGUUUGAAAUGCGGCUCUUCUCGUUCUACGCAGUCAUGUUCAUGGCUAACCGGGUGCGGCGGGAGAACCCUAGCAUGCGAUACGUGUGGCUCAGCACCGAGAUGCAGAGUGUUGUGGAUCAGUCGAACCGCUUCACAGACUGGACAUUUUUCUACUCUGAGCCGGUAGCUAUGAUUCCUCCGGCGGCCAUGGAUCCGGAGAUGGUUCGCCUGGCGCAGGAGCAGAUGAGCCGCAUGUCGCCUCAAGACAUUCAACGCAUGCAGCAGAUGAUGACGCCGGACAUGAUUCGGCUGGCAACGGAGCAGAUGGGGCGCAUGUCACCGGAGGACAUGCGGCGGGCAGCCGAGCAGAUGAAGCACCUCAGCCCGCAGCAAAUCGCCUCCGCCAUGGGCGCCGGUGCGGGUGCUGGCGGGGGGAUCCCAGGGGCAGCGGGAGGAGGGGGAGGGGGGGUAGGAGGAGCAGUUGGGGGGUUGCCUGACGUGGCAUCGUAUAUGAGCCAGAGGCAGCAGUAUGAGCUAAACGCUGCAACCAUGCUCAAGAAUGAGGGCAACAAGUUGCAUGGGAUGGGAAAGUACUCAGAAGCUGCAGAGAAGUAUAACAGGGCGCGGGACAAUCUAGCCAUGCACUCCUCCCCAGCAGCGGUGUCCCUGCGUCGCACGUGUGCAGUCAACCUCAUGUCCUGCCACCUCAAGACCAACGCCUUUGCCCAUGCCGUCUCUGUUGGAACUCAGGUGAUUUCUGAAGAUGGGUCUAACCUCAAGGCGCUGUACAGACGAGGAUUGGCCUACAAGGAGCUCGGGCAGCUUAAAGAGGCAGUAGCAGACCUGUCCAAAGCGGCUCAGAUCUCCCCAGACGAUGAAACGCUGGCAGGCGUGCUCAGAGGCGAUGAUGACAAGCAUGGAUUCGGCAGCAGCGGCGACACUUCAUAUAUUCCCCCCUCCAUCCCCUCCCCCCUCCCUUUCCAGCAACAUGCAGGCGAUGAUGACGAGCAUGGAUCCAGCAGCAGUGGUGGUGACACUCCCCGCUCCUCUCCUCUCAACACACCCCCCAGCAACAUGCAGGCGAUGAUGACGAGCAUGGAUCCAGCAGCAGUGGCAGCACUGAGUGGGGGUGCUUUAUCCCCCGAAAUGGCCCGCACUGCUGCCCAGCUCGUGGGCUCCAUGUCCCCAGAAGACCUGCAGAAGAUGAUGCGCCUUGCCUCUACGUUCAGCCAAGCGGGGGGUGGGGUUGCUGGGGGGAUGGGGGGAGGGGUUGCAGCGGGAACGGGAGGAGCAGGGGGAGCAGGGGCGGCUGGGGGAACGGGGGCAGGAAGGGCAGCAGGUGGUGUUGGCAGCAGCGGCGCCGGCAGCGGCAGAAGAGGGAGUAGCAGUGAUGAUUUCGAUCCUGUUCUGACUCCCACAACGGGGAGUGCGAGCAGCAGAAGCACAGGCAAUGCUGCCCCCGCUGCUCCUGCUGCUGCUGCUGUUACAGAGACCACCUAUGGCAUGCCUCCUGGAUUUGGGAGAGAAGUGGAGGCAGCAGGGGAAGCAGCAGGAGGAGGGGGAUUCAGUGGAGGGGGAAUGGGAGCGGCUGGGAUGCCGGCGCCAGGUGUCGGCGGGGGAUUGGACCCGAUGCAGCUGCAGGAGCGGCUGUUGAAUGACCCUUCUACUGUGAAGCUGAUGAGCGACAUGAUGCAGCAGCUAAGCGCAGAGGACAUUGCAGCCAUGAGCUCACGCAUGGGGCAGAACAUGUCGGUGGAGCAGGCAGAGCAGGCCAAGCGCAUGAUGCAAGGGUUGGGUCCCGAGAGGCUGGCCACUGUGAUGAAGUUUGCCCAGAAGGCACAAACGGCUGCAGCAAGAUUUCGGGAGGCGGUGCGCUGGCUGCUGCAACGACCAGUGCUUCUGGCCUCCAUCAUUAUCCUCGUUAUUGCUGUCUUCAUUCACUACAUGGGAUGGUUCUCCUGA